GCCAUAAAAUUGAAAUUAGGACGCCAAACUUGAAUUUUCCUUUAUUUCAAAAAAAAAACACUGCUAAUAAACAGAGAAGAAAAAAAAAAAGAAUUCUUUAUAUUCCUAUAUACUCCUCCCUUUUUGUGAUGAUCCUAAAACCCAGAAAUAUUUAGCUCAAAUACCCGUAGCUCUGUAUUGUAUUAUCCCUUCCACCGUUCUGUUCUGUUCUAUUCUGGAACUUUGUGCUUUGCUUCUGGAGAAUUAACUCUCUGUCAACUUCUUCUUUCUGACGGCGUUUGAGCUCUAGAAAUGGAGAAAGGAAAGGUGAAUACAUAUUCUCCUGAUACAGUACUUGAGGACUUUUUGAGGACUGCAGAAUCUGAAUCAGACUCUUCAAAAGCUAGCACUUCAGAAUUUGAUGGCCCGAAAAUUCAAACAUCUGCUUCACGAUGGACCGGUUUUCUCGAGCUAUUUAGAAGUAAAUCGAAACGACACUUUGCCAAAGAUCCUCUAAUUAGUUCUAUGAAACUGUCCAAAAGAUUCAGCAGAAGCAUGAGAGAGACAAGUAGCAGCAGUGUCAUGCCAAAUCCCAUUCUUGAUAAUGGUUUGAACUAUUUUAAACCUCAGUGGAAACUUUUUACCCUCUCUGAGCUCCAAACUGCAACCAACAAUUUUCACCAAGAAAAUUUGAUAGGAAAGGGUGGUUAUGCUGAAGUUCACAAAGGGCGCUUGAGAAAUGGCCAAUAUAUCGCAGUUAAGCGGCUAAUGAGGGGACAACAAGAUGAGAGAAUAGGGGAUUUCUUAUCUGAGCUUGGGAUAAUGGCACAUAUCAACCAUCCAAAUACUGCUAAAUUGAUUGGUUAUGCUGUCGAUGGUGGACUCUUUCUUGUUCUUGAGUUAUCUCCUUAUGGAAGCUUGGCCAAUAUGUUGCAUGCAUCAAAGCAGAAACUAGAAUGGAAAAUCAGGUAUAAAAUAGCCAUAGGAAUAGCUGAAGGGCUACUAUAUCUUCAUGAAGGUGGUCAAAGAAGGAUUAUCCACAGAGAUAUUAAAGCAGCAAAUAUAUUGCUCACAAAGGACCUUGAACCUCAGAUAUGUGAUUUUGGGCUUGCAAAAUGGCUACCAGAGCGAUGGACUCACCUCACAAUAUCGAAAUUUGAAGGAACGUUUGGCUAUCUUGCUCCCGAGUUCUUGAUGCAUGGCAUAGUUGAUGAAAAAACUGAUGUUUUUGCUUUCGGAGUGCUACUUUUGGAACUUAUCACGGGACGUCGAGCCCUUGAUUAUUCACAGCAAAGCCUCGUCAUAUGGGCUAAACCUCUGCUGAAGAAGAACAGAAUUAGAGAGCUCGUCGAUCCUUCACUUGCUGAUGACUAUAACUUACUACAGAUUAACCUCAUGGUCUUAGCUGCUUCUUUGUGUGUGCAACAGUCUUCAAUUAGACGACCUCGAAUAAAUCAGAUUUUGCUGCUUCUGAAAGGCAACAGCAAAAGCCUGGAUUUAAUCAGGAGAUGUAGGAAACCUUCCCAUUGGAAGAGGUAUUAUGAAGAACUCUUUAAUGCAGAAGAAAGCAAAAUGAGUAGAGGCUUAAGUGGUUUGAGUCUGCAGGAACAGAUAGCAUUGGAAGUCUGAGACAGUGAGAUGGAUUUGGCUUAAGGCUCAAUACAUUUGUCGAAACAGACAAGAUUGGAAAUGCGAAGGUGGGAUUCAGUUGAUUUCUCCCUCGUGAUUAUUGGUAUUACACGAAGUUGCUGACUGCAUCAAGGCUUAUGGGCAAGUUGAUUCGAAUAGAACUGUAUAUAUACACACACUUUUAAUAAGAUCACACUCAUUGACUCUGAAUCUUGAAGUCGCCUAUGUUGGUACCUAUCUCAGUUAAAUGAAGCCUGACAUCUAACUGGGAAUCAAUUAUAGCAAGAAAUAGACGACGAUACAUGGAAAAAAUUGUGUCAUAGGUAUGACUAUACAAGAUCUUCAAACUCCUAGGAUGUCAAAAUCUAUGAUCGAUGCGACAGUGGGGGAAAUCAAGCAAGUGAAAACGAUGAGAUGCAGAAAACUGUUGGCAAGGCUGAUCCUGCAGCUGUACAAUGGAUAUGCUUGUACAUUUCAAACCUGUAAAUACUUACUAAGUUACUAUAGACAGAGUAUGUAUUAAAAUUCUUUUUGCCAUAGUUUGGUAACUCUUUUUACUGUAUUUGUUUUCUGAGUGGAAUUCUAAAUAAUUCCUAUAGAGGAAAACCAACCUUAUCAUUGUGCAAUUUGAUGCUUUUAGAUUCAGGAUUUAAAUUUAA